GGGGGGGGGGGUAAAUUAAUUUAUUAUUAUUUUAAUUAGGCCCUAUUAUUAUUUUAUUUAUUUAUUUUAUUUUUUAUUUUAUUUUUUAUUUAUUUAUUUAUUAUAUUAAAUCAAGUCAACACUUUCUUGAAAAGAUUAUUGUUGGCGAGAUAUUUUUUUCUGUACAAUUCCUGUUGUUUACAACGUAUAGGACCUAUACAUUGUCGGUAAUGGUAUUCUCCGUAGAACGUGGAUUUCGCAAUCUUAGUUACUCGACAACAAAUAAAUCCAUUUAGCACAUUAAAGCUCUUAUGGUACGUUCUCCUAAUCUGGUCGUGCUAACCGCACGUCGCGCAAUCUUGCGGUGUUUGUGCAUGAACUCACGGUUAUUUCGGUCUCGCCGUCUAUCGCCGGUCUCACACACCCCCGCGAUUUGUCCUUUGCGCGAUAACUCCGACCCAGAUAUUCAUACAGCGUAUCCGGGCUGGUAUCCUUGAAACCACAUGUCGCAUGUUGAUAAUUGUCCUGUGGUUAAGCUUUUGUUUACCCCCCGACACUCCUAUGUAACUUGAAAAAAAAAGAAAAAACGAUUCGUGGGAGUGUGUAAAGGUCUAUUAAGAUCUACAUUUACGUUGGUGUGGACCUGUGUCGCUUUCUCUGUGUGCUGUGAACUUUAGUUUUCCGUGUGCCGGGUUAAAAAGACUCCACUAGAAUCGAUGUACCUUUACGGGAACGAUAUAUACAGCCGAAUUAUGACAGGUUAAAAUCAGUCCUGGCGGAGGAACGAGCCUGAGAGCCUUGGUUCGAAUCGUGCUGACAGCGCCAUGGACGGCGCUUGCAGUUUUGAAAUCAAAUUCCCAGGAUGUGAAGGAUAUUGCUGGUAAGAUGCGGAAACGCAGGACUCUUUAAUCUGCUAAAAAAAAAAAAAAAAUGAUGAACUUGACAACUUUUGUGUACGACACCUUCGACAUACCGCUGGUAAAGGAAACCGGAUAUGACGUCAACUCUACAGCAGACGACGAAAGCGGAGACGAUUUCACGCCGAACCUGUUCAAGUGGAAUGGCGGCGAAAUGCUGUUUCUCGUCGUGCUGUUCGUGACCGGUGUCGUGGGCAACGUGAUGGUCAUAUACACGUACCACUUCAAGUGGCGCAGGUCCAACUUCACCCUCUUCAUCGAGGUCCUGGCAGCCAUCGAUCUCACCAACUGCCUGCUGGCCGUCACCCUCUUCUUCGUGAUGACAGUCUACAAGGGCGCACUGUUCGAAAUAUUCUGCGGCACGGCGUCGUACGUGGCCUUCGCAACGGCGCUGUCGUCCAGCAUCGUGCUGGUCAUCGUGGCCUUCGAGCGGAAGCAGAAGAUCCGGAAUCCUCUGAAACAGGCCGUUACCACGGGCAUCACCAAGAAGCUGUGCUGCGGAGCCGUGGUCAUUGGAAUGACGGUGUCCGUCCCUGGCAUAUUCCUGUUCGGAAAGAAGGAGACGGUGUUUGUCGACGACGGAAUAGCGUUCAACCUGACCUGGUGUUUCUUCAAGGAGGACGCCUUCAGAACCUGCUCCAUGUACAUCUGGGCGGUGGUCCUCGGGUUCGUCUUUCUCUUCGUCAUAGCCUCUCUGUCGUCACUGUACUGCUCAAUAUGGCGAGAGCUCAACGUCUACUUCAAGGGACGAGGCUCGCUGGCUCACUUCGAAGGACACAUCGAUAGGCAGCAAAACAAGAACAGUAACUACUACAGAGCUCACAAGACCACGACCAGACUGUUCUUCAUCAUAACGAUGGCGUUCUUUGUGACCUACUUUCCCUAUUUCAUAGCUCUGGGCAUUCUGAUCUUCGGUGAUAACAGCAGCCAGUUUGUGACUCCAGUGGGAAAGGCCUUCAUAGACCUAGCAAAACUGUCUCCUCUGAUGAGCAAUGUGAUAAACCCCAUAAUAUAUAGUCUUUCCUCGGCCAGGUUCAGAAAGGAGGUUGUGAACAUAUUCAAAGGGCUUGGCAUCCCGGACAGAAACAAAGUGUUCUUCGGCCACGUUGCCAGAACGUUUGUCAGGCACUCUCAGUCUGUUACGUCUCCAGGUGAUAGGGUCAAACUGGAAUCUGGUGAACAGAUCAUCACUGAGUUAGUCAACGAAAAAACUGCCAUGAAAUUACCAUUAUCAUGAUAAUAAAUUAUCAGAAUAUUUUACUGUAGGGUCGGUAUUAUUAUUAUUAUUACUGAAUGGUUUUCGCACGAUGUCGAAUACAAUUAGACAUGUGUGAUUACACUACAAGCAGCUGUUGCUGAUUGCUUUGUCAUUUUCCCUUAUCAAACUCAUUGCUGAAUCAUGUGUCAUGUUUUUUUCGCAGAUUCACAGCUUGAUGUUUAUGCUGUUGCCAGCAGCCUGAAUAUAUAAUUGUUAUAUGAUAAUUAGUGUAAUGUGUUUGAGUGAUAUCCAUUAAAUUGCGAAUGCACAAA